AUGAUUAUUCACAUCAUACGGUGGUUUGGAUGGAACUGGGUUGCCUUUAUUGGUAGCCAAGAUGAUUACAGUUCAGACGGACUAAAGCUUUUUAACAAGUAUAUAAGCAAUACUGGCAUUUGUCUGGCCUAUCAAGAGCGCCUAAGUCUAAAUGCAAACUACAGUCUAACACUUCAAAAGAUUGAUAUGCUAAACAUCAAUGUCAUUGUUGUUUUUGCUGUGUCACAAUAUGCAAGCAAAAUUAUCAAAGCAGCCAUAGCAAACAACAUCCAAGAUAAAGUAUGGAUUGCAAGUCAGGCAUGGUCUAUGAAUCAACAGCUUCCCAGAGAGCCAGGAAUUGGGAAAAUUGGCACAAUCAUUGGUGUUACCGAAAGAAUGUUGUCAUUGCCUGGAUUUAAUGAAUUUGUCUAUAAACACAGGAGAACAACUGAUGUUAACCAUUAUGAAGAGAGUGACAUCCAGAGUACGAGUAAGACGUGUAAUCAAGUUUGUGAUUACUGCACAAUGUUGACCGCAGAGGAGAUUAUAAAUGAAAAUCCCACAUUCUCCUUUGCCAUCUAUGCUGCCAUAUAUACCAUAGCUCAUGCUUUACAUAAAGUUCUGCAGUGCAACAUGAAUGAAUGCCGCAAAAACACAGCGGUUAAGCCAUACAUGCUUCUGGAAGAAAUAAAGAAGUUGGAUUUUCCACUCAGUGGCCGUCAGGUGAAAUAUGAUGAUAAUUAUGAUCCAACCAUCAGUUAUGCAUUUGUGCUCUGGCACACUGAUGUGAAUCCUCCACAGUUUGAGAUGGUGGGCACAUAUGAUACAUAUCCAGAAGUGACUUUUACCAUCAACAACUCUCUCCUGCCCUGGCAUAGCAAUGGUUCUGUUCCUUUCUCAAACUGCUCUGCUGAGUGUAAGGAGGGAUUUUCAAGGCAACCUGAAGGUUUUCAUAGUUGCUGUUUUACGUGUAAAAAAUGCCAGCAUAACAGCUAUGUGGAUCAUUCUCGGGACCCCUAUACCUGUUUUCCUUGUGCAGCGAGUGAAUGGUAUGAUGAAAGCACCAUGAAGUGUAAGACACGUUCUGUUGUCUAUCUUCAGUUCACAGAAAUCCCCUCCAUCGCUGUCUUGGUUUCUGCCAUAUGUAUAAUUAUUUUACUCAUUGCCAUAUUUUGUAUUUUCGCCUACAAUUACAACACACCAGUGGUGAGGUCUGCUGGUGGUAGCAUGUGUUUCCUGAUGUUGACAUGCUUGAUUUUGUCUAGUAUAAGUGCGUUCUUUUUCUUUGGAGAACCCACAUCUGCACUUUGCCUCAUGAGAAAUGCCAUAUUUGCAUUUUUCUUCACUGUCUGCAUUUCCUGUUUGACUGUCCGUUCCUUUCAAAUUGUUUGUGUUUUUAAAAUGGCUGCUCAGUUCCCUAGGGUGCACAGCCUUUGGGUAAAGCACAAUGGACAGUGGCUCUUCAUUGCAUUUGCCUCUGUCAUUCAUUUAAUUCCUUGUGUUGUAUGGAUGACUUUCUCUCCUGUCAAAGUCACAGCUGACUCAUGGACUUAUAAAGAUCAAAUUAUGCUCAUCUGUGAAAGGGGGAGUACUAUAACCUUAACCAUAGUUGUGUUCAUAGGUUGGUUUCUUGGUUUCCUGUGUCUCCUGUUUUCCUACAUGGGAAGAGAUCUGCCGAAAAGUUACAAUGAGGCCAAAUCAAUAACCUUCAGUCUAAUAUUGUACUAUCUGACCUGGAUUGUAUAUUUCACAGCAUACCUAUCUUUCAAAAGCAAAUACAUCACUCUUUUAAAUGCAAUGGCUCAAAUAUCCAGUAUAAAUGGAAUUCUCUUUAGCUAUUUCAUACCAAAAUCUUACAUCAUAAUAUUCCAACCACAAAAGAACACUCCUGCAUACUUUCAAACAUCUAUUCAGAAUUACACCCAAACUAUCAGUAGGACUUAGACAUUAGUCUUUGUGUAUCCACCUUAUUUUUAAAGUAAGAGCAGUGCUGCCAUUUGUAACUUGAAUGUGCAAGGCUUCCGGUCUCAUCUU